AUGAGUGACCACACCAUGGAUUCAGAAGAAGUGGAAAGGUACUCGAGUGAUAUGGUUGCGCCCCUCAACAUCUCCAAGUCGCCCAGGAAGUCGCGCACCAGCGUCUUUGGCCACAGUCGCCAGUCGUCUUCACGAGCGCUCUCGAUACGGUCACAGUCACAGCCGCAGAUAUCUCCCCCAUUGACACCUACAAUGGCCGGUGACUCGACGACACAACAGCUUCCAGCACAGCCAGUCUUUCACCAUUACCUGCGCGCCUUUUACCACUACGUCCCAGCUUCCACGGUAUCUUCGUCGACAGAUGAAUCGUCGAUAACAGUAGCAAUCAAGCAGGGCGACGUCAUUUUGGUACAUUCAGUACAUCCCAAUGGGUGGGCUGAUGGUACAUUGCUUGGAUCUGGAGCACGUGGGUGGCUGCCCACUAACUACUGCGAACCAUACGACCAUCCUACAAUUCGCAACCUACUCAAUGCAUUGACACAUCUAUGGGACCUCGUUCGUGAUGGCGAAAGUGGAAAUCUUGUUGCCUUCACCAAGCAGGACUAUGUUCGGGGGAUGAUUGCUGGUAUACGGUUCUUCCUGGAAAGGACCGAUUGUCUGUCGAGAGACUCACAUCUAAUCGUGGCGCAUGUAGGCCUGCGGCGUAUGCGAAAAGGGCUUCUUGGCGAUCUGUCGACACUUGUCAAGACUGCGAAGAAGCUGCAAGAAACAUUGCAAAUGAACGAGGAUGCUGCGUCAGUAUUCGAGCUGCUGGAUGAGCUCGUACUUAAGUCUUUCAAGCUUGUGACACGAGCGGUCCGAUUCCUCGACAUCUGGGCAACAGACGCAGUGUCGCUGUCAUUUGAGCUGAACGACAGGAGCCCUCGACGACCACUGACACCGCCGGUCGACUCUGCUGACACUGUUGUGCUACCGUCAUCAGCGCCAACUCUAGCAGAGGAUGAUGGCUCACUGACCAAUGGAUGCGAGUCUCUAGUCACACAAGCGCCCGUUUUAGCGCACGACAACCUGGACUCCACCACGACCCAGCCAACACGGAACCUCAACCGGCUUUCUGUUGCAUUUUCCAUACCUUCCGAAUCAGACUCAUUCCAAUCCCCCAUACUACCUGCUCAGCCCCAGACUCAAGCCAAGAGGCUUUCUGUCACCCACCGACUGUCGUACACAGGAGCAUCGCCAGGUGCUCGAAAGGAGAACCUUGCCUCGGAACGACUGAACGGUGCUCAAGACUCGUUCUUAGGGUUCAUUGGAUCCUUUAUUGGGUUGCAUCUACAAUCGAGGUCUUCCGAAGAGCUGGCUCAUAUUACCCAGCAAUCCGUCGUCGCCUGUCGCCAGCUACUUAUCGUUGUCGAAGAAGUAUGGGAACGCGACUCAAGAAGGUCCAAGGCUUUGGAAGAGACACGAGACGUCAUGUACUUGCGACUUACCGAGCUAGUACAAGCUACCAAGGACAUGUUCAAUUCCUCGGACGCCGACAUGGAUGAGACAGUCUUUACGCCAAGCUCUGGAAAGCAGCUUGUCUCUGCUGCUACUAAUUGUGUCCGGUCUGCCGGCGACUGUGUCACUAAAGCUCGGUUGGUCGUUGAAAAGAUCGGGGACUUUGAGUUCGAGGCGGUCGGUGUAGGACUGUCGCAAUCAAUAUUUGAACAGGUAGAACCUACUGAGCCUCAGGAGGACCUCGAUACGACACAGAAGAUACCAGAGCCCAUCAUGGAGACUGACAAGCCUCUGCCAGCACCGCCAACUGAAGAACAAGAGGUAUUGGCACCUUCAGUAACGUCGGAGUUGAAACCACUGCCGGACGUUCCUGAGCAAUCGCCUUCAGAAACGGAGAGCUUAGAGUUGCCACCCACCAUACCUGCGGCGGUUGCGGAGAGCCUAGAGAGCCCGAUGGCGCUUUCUUUCACGUCCUCGUUGCAGCCUCUUAACGAAGACCAUGCCAUCACUUCGGAUCAGCUCGCAACAUACGAACCCACUGGAAGUCCUGCAGGUGCCGCGCAACCACCGACCACCAAGGCCACUCGGAGUGACAGCGUCAAUGCUUCAGUGGCGGACUCUAGCAGCACGUUUCAUUUCAGCAUUGGCAAUGGAAGCGUCGUCUCUCACACAUCCACUCGGGCUACUACUCCGGAUCACAUGCCCUCCAAGAAGCAGAGCCUUCAAACUCUGAUCAGCAGCUUCGGUAGCUCUUCUGAGCUUCGAUCCCUGGUGAGCGAAGAUGUCGCCGCUGGUGAGGAGCACUUGCUGGAAACUACCUACGUACACGAGCUUGUGUACAACAAGGAAGGUCAGAUCUCUGGCGGCUCUCUCCCUGCCCUUGUGGAGCAACUCACGACACGUGAGUCUACCCCGGACGCCGUCUUUGUCACUACCUUUUACCUUACCUUCCGCCUCUUCACGACACCAAUAGAACUGGCACAAAGCCUCAUUGAUCGCUUCGACUACGUAGGUGACAGCCAGACAGUUGGCGUUCCAGUUCGUCUCAGGGUCUACAACGUCUUCAAGGGCUGGUUGGAGAGCCACUGGUCAGCUGACAGCGAUUCGACAGCCCUGGGCUUGAUCUUGUCUUUCGCGACUGGAAAGCUCCGAUCUUCUUUACCGGCCGCAGGUAAACGUCUUGCGGAGCUCACCUCCAAAGUCACCGAGGUUCGCGCUGGAGCUCUUGUACCCAGGCUUGUCUCAUCCAUUGGCAAGACUGGCAUUUCGAACACGAUCUUCUCAUCCAACGAUAGCAAUUCGCCAUCACCAAUCGUCACCAAGAGCCAACUCAAUGCUCUCAGAUCCAGCAAAGAAGGUCGUACGCAGUGCAGCAUUCUGGACUUCGAUCCCAUGGAGUUGGCCAGGCAAUUCACCAUCAUCGAGUCCAAGCUGUUCUGUGCAAUCCAGCCAGAAGAGCUUCUAGCCUUGGAGUGGACUAAGAAGAGUGACUCGAAAGCCAUCAACGUCAAGGCAAUGUCAAAAUUGUCGACUGAUCUGGCCAACUUGGUCGCAGACACGAUCCUCCACCUGGAAGACGCAAAGAAGCGAGCUGUCAUAAUCAAGCAUUGGGUUAAGAUUGCCGCCAAGUGCCUUGAGCUGAACAACUACGACUCGCUCAUGGCCAUCAUCUGCUCCCUGAACUCAUCAAUGGUCAUGCGCUUGAAGAAGACGUGGGAGCUUGUCUCCGCGAAGACCAAGGCUCGCCUGGACGAACUCAAGACUAUCACUGACGUUGGGCGUAACUAUGCUGUCCUUCGCCAGCGACUACAGAAUCAUGUCGCACCGUGCAUCCCCUUCGUCGGGAUCUAUCUCACCGAUCUUACGUUCGUCGAUGUCGGCAAUGGCACUACCCGUCAACUUCCUGGCGAGUCUGGUUCUGACAGCAUGUCUGUGAUCAACUUUGACAAGCACAUGAAGACAGCCAAGAUCAUCGGCCAAUUGCAAUCGUUCCAAGUGCCUUACCGUCUGGCUGCCGUUCCUGAAAUGCAGGACUGGAUGGAAACGCAGAUCCAACGAGUGCGAUCGAGCGAUCAAGCCAACGUUCAAAGCUACUACCGCCGCUCACUUCUUCUCGAGCCACGAGAGCUUCAACAUUCUAUCCGAGGUUCCCCAUCUGUGGACAACAGUGCUCAGAGCACUUUCACGGUCGAGAGCCGCGCUACCUCGAGGGACAAAUUCGAGUUUCUCAACUUCAACUUCUCCACAAACAGCCUGAUGAAGGGCUCAUAG